AUGACACCCACUGUUUAUCUAGUUUCCGGAGCGAACCGCGGGCUCGGACUGGGCUUGGUCAGGACACUGGCCGCUCGCCCGAACACGAUCGUUUUUGCGGGUGCACGCAACCCGUCGACGGCUACCGAGCUGCAAACCCUCGCAUCUGAACAGCCCGGGAAGGUCAACCCGGUGAAACUUGUAGCCGCCGACAAGCCAGGAAACGAGGCUGCCGUCGAGGAGAUUAAGGCUAAAGCCGGUCGUCUAGACGUCGUCAUCGCCAACGCAGGCAUAUUCCAGGACUAUUGCUCCGCGAUCAAGGCCACGGCAGACCAGCUGCGCGAGCAUCUCGAAGUGAACACGAUUGGACCAUUCGUGUUGUACCAGGCAUGCUUCGACCUGCUGAAGGCCAGUACGCCCAACCCGAAGUUCGUCGCCAUUUCCUCUGGUUUGGGCAGCAUAGCGGAGGGAGCCCGACGCGAGGGCGUCCUAGCCUACGGUUUGUCCAAGGCCGCGCAAAACUACCUGACCAGGAAAUUGCACUUCGAACACGAGAAGGACGGCCUGAUCGCCUUCUCCAUCUGCCCCGGUGGUGUAGAGUCAGAAAUGUCGUUGAAAGCAGUGCUUGCUCAGGGGGCGACCGUCGAAAUGGCGCGGGCGUCCGGCAAGCUGAAAUCGCCGGAGUUUACCGCAUGGUACAUCUUGCAACGCAUAGACGAGGCUACACGCGAAAAGCAUAGCGGAGAGUGGAUCUCCUUCGAUGGCAAGAGAAAGACUUGGUGA